GAGAGCCUGCUGGUCAUUGUCAGUUCAUUUGAGCGACGUAGAUCACUUCACCUGGCCACUUGAGUCAACACGCCACAGUCUAAAUGCAAAUUUUGACAACAAAGAUAUCCUUAAUCGAUAUUUUCAGUACAUAACUUGAACAGCAAACUAUAGUGCAUAAUCCAAGGCAAUACGGUCUACUGAUUCAAGUCUCUUAAAGGUGAUAUUCAGAUUUAAAAAAUUGGCCUAGAUUUGAUGCGAUCAAACGUGGUUGAGUACAUUAUGCAAGAUUCAAAAUGGCGACAUUGAUGUUGAUAAUAUAUGUCCUCAUUGCAGUAGUACAAUAUUCGGGUUUGUCUGGUGGGAUCGAAAUGCAGUACUGCACCCCCCGUCCCCAGCUAAUUGCCAUUGAUUCUCCUUACUUUAACUACUUCCCAUAUUUUGUCCAACUUCAUCGCUGCGGGGGGACGUGCUCAGCCGUGAGCCCACGAAUUCAGACCUGCUCAGCGGCUACUACCAAAACGAUAUCAAAGACCGUUUACGACUUGUCAAGAGGAAGUGUAGCGACGGUACUUCAGCUUGUCAAUCAUACAAGCUGUAAUUGCUCUUGUACGCAAAGCCCUGGAAGCUGUGCAAAAGACCUAGAAAUAUGGAAUCCCGACUCAUGUAGUUGUAAGUGCAAAAUACCUGUGGGGCAGUCACAUCCUUGUCCUAUAAACUUCAAGUGGAACCAACAUAUAUGUAAAUGUAUAUGUGACUUGGCACCAAAGGUCUGUGAUGUCGAUAAGGAAUGGAACACAGACUAUUGUGGCUGUUUAUGUAGUCCCGACGCGUUCAAACGUUGUGCCAAACAAAACCAACAAAUAGACAAAGACACGUGUGCGUGUUACAGCGGGUCACCACCUGAUAUCGCCGCUCGUGGAGGAAGUGGAGUCAACAGAAACGUCAUGAUCGGAUGUAUGUUUGCCGAGUUGUUUCUUCUACUUUUAUUGUUUGACGUGUUCCUAUAUUGUCGCUAUGGUCACGGCGUUCUGACGUUCUUGCAGGGGAAAUGUUGUUCAAAGAAGAGACAAGAGCGUCGAGAACCUGUUCCAUUACAAAAGAAUUCUCCCGAAAAAUGUUAACAUCAAUAAAUGGUUGGAAUGGUUGGUUCGCCAUGACCUGAAAGAACAAGCCCUUCAGUAUUCGUUACAAAUUUCUAUUGCGUGAGGAUAAUUCAGUGAAGCCUUGCAUAUCGACUUUGAACAAGAAAAUAUGUUCAAAGGAAUUAUAAUGUAUAAACAUUGAUUACCGAGAUUUUGAAAGUGAAACGAGAAAAGAGGCUUAUAUUUGUGUGAAAAUUGUUCUAUUUGAGCCGGGUUGAUCCCCUCUAUUUAAUUGCCAUAACAGUCUUGUGUGUAACCUGGAAAUAAGGCUAUUUGGUGUGCUAUACGUAUUUAAGUUUUAAUGAAUUAUUACACAUCAUGAAUACAAAUAAAAACAAAUGAAAACAUGAA